AUGAAGAACAAAGUGUCCAUCAACUCGAUCAUCUCGAUUAUUGAGAUGAAUGUAAAGUUUUACCGCCUGGUCGGUUUGGCACCGUUUGAACUCAACACGAACCGGGUACGUCUAUCGAAACCAUUCUGCUGUGCGGUUGGUGGAUUCGUGACACUCUACUGGACCGCGAUGGUAUCCUCGAUCGCGACCAGCAAUCAUGGGAACGAUCGGAUCUCGCGCAUCUCCAACUACUUCCAGCUAAUUACCAACGCGAUCAUGCUGACCGCGAUCCUACUGACACCGACUUUUAGAUUGCGCAAUUUCGCCGAAGUUGUACGUGCGUUGCGCAAACUGGAACUUGAUCUGCAGAAGGAUUCCAUCGGUAGCAACUUCGGGCGAAUGGCUCGUUGGAACAUUGGGAUCGUAUUGGCCACGAUUGGUGUAUUGCUGUUGGUGAGCGCGUUCGAUUGUUACGUGACGGUAUUCCGAGGAUCUAUCCGGGUGGACUAUUGGAUCAUAACGAUACUACCCCAGUUCGUGGACGUGAUAGCCGUUACGCAGGUCAUUCUACUACUGCUGUACAUUAAUGGGCGAUUCCGGAUGCUUAAUCAGUUGCUGGAGGAAGAACAGCAUCCGGUCUUGGGAAGAAUGCGAUAUGAACAGUCGGGUCGACUUAAUGUAGCGACGGUGAAUGGGCCGAAGAAAUUGGGCCUGCACGUGAUCGAAGUACACGGUUGCGGGAUGGACGGCGAAUCGCUGAAGUAUCUGCAACUUCCGAAGGUCCUAUAUCGGUACAACGAUCUGUACGACAUUUGUAAAAUGCUCGAUUGCUACUUCGGAUUACUGUUUUUACUGACGUUCACCUCGAUCUUCAUCGUAACGACGAUACAGCUGUACUACAGCUACACCAUUCUGUACUGGUUUACGGGUGAGAAUGGGUUCACCAUCUGGUCGCUGAUGGUGUGCCUCAACACGAUAUCGAUCAAUCUCGGAGUGCUGCUCACGAUCGUACUGUUGUGUGAAAAGAUUUCGAACAAAACCAGACAGGCGAACGAUCUGCUGGCGGAUUUGCAACUGCGUGGUUCGCGCCAUCUAUCAUCGGAGGAAGUCAUCAAACUGACGAUCCCAUUUCAAGCACCGAACAAGGUGUUCAAGUUCUCAGCGAUGGGCUUUUUCCAGAUUAAUUGCAACAUGUUGUGUGGGAUGAUUGGGGCAAUCACGACGUAUUUGGUAAUCUACAUUCAGUUCUACAUUUUGUACGCGGAUGAGGUGAAAAAGUCAAUGUUUGUGUCUCGUUUUCAGAUUUGA